AUGGGGAAUACUCGGGAUCCAGUGCCGGGGGUGAAGGCCACACUGUCUCUGCUGGAGGAUACACUGUCUCCGCUGGACGAUACACUGUCUCCACUGGACGAUACUCUGUAUCCAGCGCCGGGAGAUACACUGUAUCCGCCCAGGAAGGCGGGGGCGGUGAAGAGGAGGCGAACAGCUUUCACACGGAUGGAUGGACAGUGUGAAUUUGGCGGAGUGUCCAACAUCAAAAAGGAUAGAGCAGGUCCGUUGUCCAUCCUGUCCAUCCCUCCCGAGUUACUCGAUCACAUCAUUUCCGAUCUCUCCGUGAAGGACAUUGUGAUGCUGGGGCAGACCUGCCGCUAUCUACAUGAGUUCUGCAGUAACGAGGCCGUUUGGAAACGCAUCAGCAGAAAGUUAUCACCACAGCUCAGCGAGGAAACAGGCGAGGGCACCUUCUGGAAACGAGCCUCCAUCCUCAACUAUACCAAGGGCCUGUAUUUCCAAACGUUCGGGGGUCGCAGGAAGACGGUGAGCCGCACUGUUGCGCCCCAUCUGUCGCACGGAUACCGCAAGUUCAUCCCAACCAAAGAUAACGUCUUCAUCCUGGACUACACAGGGACCCUCUUCUUCCUGAAGAAUGCCCUGGUCUCAUCUACGCUCGGUCAGAUCCAAUGGAAACGGGCUUGUCGUUAUGUCGUCCUGUGCCGCAAUGUUAAGGAUUUUGCCACUGACCCAAGGAAUGACACGAUAUAUCGGAAGUAUUUGUAUGUGCUGGGUACACGGGACAUUCCACCCUUGGUAACCCAAGACCCGAGUGAUACGGCCCACACAUGUGACUGUGUGGAGGUAUACCUACAGUCCAGUGGCCAGCGAGUUUUCAAGAUGACCUUUCAUUCCUCGAUGCGUUUCAAAAAGAUCAAGUUGGUCGGGCAAGAGACAGAACGAUCAUUGCUACUUUUGACAGAUGACGGGAAGAUUUACAGUUUAACCAUCAAUGAGACGCAACUGGACCAGCCGAGGUCCUACACUGUACAGCUGUCCACUCGAAAAAUCACCAAGUGCCUCCCUCACAUCACCAUCUCGGAGGUACAUUCAAACCAGAGCAGCGCUCUCUACAUCACAGGCUCCAAAAGCUUGUAUUUUCAA